GCGCUGGAAGGGGUGGGGACCGCUGGGCUGACCGGCACGGUGUGUGCGCGCGUGUGCAGAGUUGAAAAGCCCAGCACGUCGGGGCAACAGGACAGAAUCCAGGGUGCGCACAGAGCCUCCCAGCGUCUUGCUCCUUGGGCUGCAAUCAUGACGGAGAACUCUGACAAAGUUCCCAUCGCCCUGGUGGGGCCUGACGCCGUCGAAUUCUGCAGUCCCCCGGCGUACGCCACCGUGACCGUGAAGCCCUCUAGCCCUGCGCGGCUGCUCAAAGUCGGGGCCGUGGUCCUCAUUUCGGGGGCGGUACUGCUGCUCUUCGGGGCAAUCGGGGCCUUCUACUUCUGGAAGGGGACAGACAAUCACAUUUACAAUGUCCAUUAUACCAUGAGUAUCAAUGGGAAAUUACAAGAUGGUUCAAUGGAAAUAGAUGCUGGGAACAACUUGGAGACCUUCACAAUGGGAAGUGGGUCUGAAGAAGCAGUUGAAGUUAAUGACUUCCAGAAUAUAACACUGAACGUUAAGCUCCACAAGGGCAAAGAGUCCAUCUGUUUUGCUCAUCCCUAUACCCAGUGCCUGGACCAGUGCCUGGCUCUCAGUAGACACUCGGAAGGCAAGAUCAUGCCGGUUAAAUAUGAAGAAAAUUCUCUUAUCUGGGUGGCUGUAGACCAGCCCGUGAAGGAUAACAGCUUCUUGAGCUCUAAAGUCCUAGAACUCUGUGGCGGCCUCCCUAUUUUCUGGCUGAAACCGACAUAUCCAAAAGAAAUCCAGAGACAAAGAAGAGAACUGGUGACACAAAGUCCUACAACCACGAGGAGACCGCAGAGCGGGCCUCGGAGCAACCCGGGACCUGGAAGGCUGAAUAACAAAACCAGACCCAGCGUGCAGGAAGAUGCAGAACCCUUCAAUCCUGACAACCCUUACCACCAGCAGGAAGGGGAAGGCAUGACUUUCGACCCCAGACUGGAUCACGAAGGAAUCUGUUGCAUAGAAUGCAGGCGGAGCUACACCCACUGUCAGCAGAUCUGUGAGCCCCUGGGGGGCUUCCACCCGUGGCCCUAUAACUAUCAGGGCUGCCGUUCAGCCUGCAGAGUUAUCAUGCCAUGCGCCUGGUGGGUGGCCCGCAUCUUGGCGAUGGUGUGAAAUCGCUUCAGGUACCAGGUGCUGGCAAGCAGGAUCUCGAGAGACAACCCAAGUAUGAAGAAUCUUGAUGCUGAAGGGACCGCAAAGUAUUUAAUACUCAGUCUGAGUGAUGUUCUUUGAGACACUUUUAACAGACUAUUUCCCAGUUGCUUUAUAGAACUUUAUUCGGCACGUGCAAAUGUACUGACAGGGUAGUCUAAAGAUGCCGUAAUAACCCUUUUACUAGUUGCUAUUUUUUAUUUGCUUUCCCGAUAAAUCCUGCUUACACGACUUGCUGCCCAAGCUCUUUUGAAAUAAACAUGAAAACUUACUCACCAUUUGUCAAAGA